AUGGAUGUGAAUGACCCCGUGGGUCGUAACGGGGGUUUGACGAAGCGAUCGCUCUACACGAGUGGUAGUAAGGUGGUGGAGUUGUUGGCCCCUAUUCAUAGUGAUAUCUUCUUUCAAGAAAAAUUAAUGUUAAACGGGGUUGACAUCAAAAUACGCAUGACCCGAGGUAAAGACGAAUUCUGUCUGAUGAGGUGUGAUGACGUGGCGUACAAAUUAAAUAUUGUGACUGCCUCCCUAUACGUCAAUAAAGUCUCUGUAUCACCUCCUGUGAGACUGGGGCAUGCCCAGGCGUUGUUAUCGACUACUGCCAAGUACCCCAUUGACCGGGUAUGCCUAAAAAAUUUCUCCAUACCUGCCGGGGCUCGUGUAUCAAAUCAAGAAAAUCUGUUUUUAGGAACGCUACCAAAAUCUAUCGUCCUAGCUAUGGUCGAUAACGACGCAUUCACAGGGUCCUACGAUAAAAACCCCUUUGCGUUCAAGCAUUACGAUUUGGAGUUCCUAGCGGUCUACGUUGAUGGACAACAAUUCCCGGCCAAGCCUCUACAACCGAAUUUUGAAGCCGGAUUGGCAGUUCGUGAAUUUUAUCAGCUUGCAAUGACGACCGGAAGACAUCUUAAGAACCAGGCCCUGUCUAUCGACAGGAAUGAUUUCCUCAAUGGGUACACACUUUACGCCUUCAACCUCACGCCUGAUGAAGACUGCGGUCAGCAUAUAUCCCUCGUCAAGUCCGGGAAUAUCAGACUCGAAGCCCGGUUCAGACAACCGCUGCCACACACUAUUAACCUGAUCAUUUACGCAGUGUUUGACAGUAUUGUUGAAGUGUCUAACCGUAGACAGGUCCUGGUCGAUUACUACUGA